AUGUCAUCUACUACCUCACCAGUUGACAGUCAACAUUUUGGUGGACCAGUCAAUACUCCACCUUCACAUCUUACAAUGCAGUCAUAUGAUGAAUACCCGACGGAGAAGUUCAAAGAGCAACUAGAGACUCUAUCAAUCACCAAAGAAUCAAUAGACAGAGCGUCACAAUUCGUCAUUGAGAACAUAUCAGUCAUCAAUGAUCUCUUUGAAGUAUUACUGAAUAGGCUGAGGAAGAGCGCAUUUCAGAAGAGACUACCAUUCUUUUAUUUGGUCGAUAGUAUAUGUCAGAGAUGUCAUGCAAAGAAGACAACAGCAUAUAGACAGGUGGUCAUUGAUCAUAUUGAAGAGAUACUGCCUCUGAUAUUACCCGAUGACAAUGCAGAGACAAAGAAGAAGAACAAAGAACAUAUAGAAAAGGUGUUGGGCAUCUGGGAGAAGAACAAUAUCUUUGACGAAUCAUUGAUAACCAAGGCCAACUCAAUACUUGAUGGUACCAACAUAGACAAUCGACUAAUAUGUCCACUGUUGACCGAGAAAGAGAUAUCAAAGAUGUUGAAGAAGAUGGAUGAUGAUAGGCGAGAACAGAAGAAGAAGAAGUAUGAUAUUACAUUGGGUUACCAUCAUCCACUGGAAGACUUUUCAGAGUUAUGGUCGAUAUAUAACAAGUCAUUGACGUCAAUGACAACAACAUUAGGUCAGGAUAGCCCUGUAGUUGUGGCGACAACUCAAACACCGCCACUUCAAGGUAGUGACGGCAGUGGUCAUAGCGGUGGAAAUGAAAGUGGUAGAGGUCGCGGCAUGCAUAAGAGCACACGUGGACCAAUAGAUGGAGGCGAUCAACAGACGUUUGACAAGUUUAAGAAGGAGUUUGUUCAUCAUCAUUUUACAUUCGAUGAGAUGGAUCUACCUUUGGCGUGGGAUGUCAAUGUCAACAACUACGAUAACAACAACAACAACAUCAACAACAAUUUCAACUACAAUGGCAAUGGUAUUGUCAAUGGCGACUACAACAACAACAUCAACAACAUGGAAUAUAUAUCAAACGACAACAACAACAACAACAACAACAUGUAUCAUGAUCCUGGAUUUGUGUAUCAACAACAACAAAAUCAAGGCAUGAUGAUGAACAAUAAUAAUAAUCACAACAAUGUAGAUAUCAAUCAACAAUCACAACAACAACAACUACAACAACAUCCAGACUUUUAUCAACAACAGCAGUUGUACUUUGACAACAACAUGCGUAUAUUUAACAGAUUCAACUUUGGCAAUAACACCAGCGACAACCAUCACCAACAUCAACAUCACCAACAUCAACAACAACAACAACCUCUACAUCACCAACAACAACAGGCCGACAACAUCGUUGGUGAUCACCGUUAUGAACCCAGCCGGACGAGCGAGUACGAUGAGCUGCGUUACUAUUUAUCCAAGAUCAAGGACCAUAAGAGGUACAGGCAAUAA